AUGUCGUCGCAGACCAUGACUGCGCCAGCCGUGGGCCAUCGACCGCCUGACCCAGGCCCUGAUAGCCCCCUGUACGACUAUGGCUGCUCACCAGACAGCGACUCCCCUUCCAAUCCUCGAGACGACUCCGCAAUUCGCGCCAUGCAGAAUAAUUCUGCCCCGUCAACUCCCAACGGGAUGCCCGCCCCGGACGUCGCAAUCAAAACCGAAUGCUCAGACAGCCACGACUUUUCAGCUGCGCAACAUCAGCAAGAUGCAAACACGCAAAACGCCGCAAGUGCGCUCCUAGCGCAGCUUCUUGGAAAUCAAUCAGCCGCAAACUCUACCCCUACCACGAUACAACCUGCACAACAGGAUGAGGACCAGGAUAUUCACAUGGAUAUCAAGAUGGACAACUCAAUCUCUCAGUCAUUUGAUAUGGCUAACCAAAACUCUGCGCCUAUCGACCCGAGCUUGCAUCGAGACACUGCCUCAAUAUCUCGCGAGAUUCAAGACUUGCUGAACGGGAAAGCUUUAGGUGACGAGCUUAUGGGAACGAAUUCUGCACACCAGGAUAUGGACCAUACAGGAUUCAACUCCGAUGCCAUGGGGACCUUGUCCGACCCCAUGAAUCCGAAAUUGAGCACCGACCAGCCCUCGCUCCUUCCACCCUUGGACUUUUCGGCCGCCCCGAAAAAUACGUUUGAAGCUCUCCACCAAAACGAGCUGCUCACAGCCGCCUUUCUUUCGCAAAACGCAGAUCUGUCAGCCCUGGGGUAUCAAGAUAUGGCGGCUUCAAUUGCUGGAUCGGAACCUAAGAUCCAAGCGUUUGCCAAGUUGGAGUUUGAUGAUGGGCAUUUUUACGUCAAUACCUACUCAUUCAUCCUAGGACGAGACGUGCGCGCCGCUCGCGCCGCCCAUCACCGAGAGUUCCAGUACCGGCAGGCCGUGCGAAGCACUCGGGCGAAGAGUUCAAGUGGAGGAAACACAUCCCACACCCCGAACCGUAUGAAGCGGGAGGAAAGCGCUGCCAUGAUGGGCAGUGUUGUCAGUGAUCGGGGAGGUAUUAUGGGCUUUGAUCCAGAUAUACCUCCGCACCUUCCGAACAACAUGAACAUGAGCCGACGAUCCUCAAAAUCCUCCUUUGACGACGCUGUUGUACCAUUGCAUGCAAACCCGGCUCAGCUACAAUCGACAACCGACUACAAUGCGCUGGCGAUGCAAUCUUUGCAAGAUGGAAACGGGGAUGCAAAGCCCGUUGAUGCGCUGGCUUUGCUCCCCUCCCCUGAUUCUUGUCCCACCAUCCCAAUUCACCCCCCAACGACCGUUGACGGCAGUGCCGCAGGCCAUCGAGGGAUUUCUCGGAGGCAUGUCCGGAUCUCAUACAAUUUUGAUCGUAACUUGUUUGAGAUGGAAGUAAUGGGACGCAACGGAGCGUUCAUUGGGGCUGAUUGGCUAUCACCGGGGCAAGUUCGCCCGUUACACAGCGGCGACUACAUCCAAAUUGGAGGCGUGCGUAUCCGCUUUUUGCUACCAGACGUCCCCAUUGGCGAAACUGGAGCGGACCGGAUGGAAGAAAAAAUGGCAGAAAAGAACGACGAGGAGGAAGAAGAGGAGAAAGAUGCCCGUGCUUCAAUGGAAAUGGACGACGACGUCGAUGAAUCUGAGAGACUUGGGAGUGACAGCGGCGAGAGCAGGGAACCUUCAAAGAAGAUCAUCCUCAAGACAAAGGAUUCCAAAUCAUCUCAAGCAAUGGAUUCUAUCGAGACUGGGGAUAACGAUUCACAGCCAGCUCGCCGCCGGGGACCAGGACGCCCUCCCAAGGAUGGAAUCAUGUCUAAGCGCGAGCGGGCUGAGCUUGCUCGGGAGCAGAAAAUUGCUGCCAAGCGCGAGGCCAACGGAGGUAUCACACCACCUCCACUCAAAGUGCCCAAGGCCGGGAAGACAGUUGCCAAAGAAUCUGUUGUUCCUGAGUCACCAACAAACAAACCAUCCGAGAAGCGGAAGUACACCAAGAGAAAGAAGCCGGAUGGCACACCAAUGGAUUCUCCCCUUCCCUCAACGGAAGGCGGCCAGAUGUCUGUGGAGCCCCCGCAAGAAUAUGUCAAGCCCCCACCGGUCAAAAAGCGCAAACCGUCACGGUCACCAUCUCCCAACUAUCCUCCGGAGUCUGCUUACAAUGCCGAGGAUCUGGCAAAACCGCCGUACAACUACGCCGUUCUCAUCUUUGAUGCUCUGACGGAAGCUGGCACGCCAAUGACGUUGAAGCAGAUCUAUCGUGCGCUAAAACUGAAGUAUCCAUAUUUCCGCUUCAAGUGUGAGACUGAGGGCUGGACAUCUAGUGUACGACACAACCUGAACGGCAACGGUCAUUUGUUCAUGCACGCAGAACGAGAUGGCAAGGGUUGGUCAUGGCAGCUCAUUCCUGGCGCGUCGGUUGAGAAGGAGAAGAAACGACGUCCUUCGCCGCCGCCGCAGGUUUCCCACCCUCCUCCGCCUGCUCCCCAGCAGUACAUGCCUCAGAUGUCCCACUCGUAUGCACCACCUCAGGGCCCACCACCGGUGCCAAAUCCGCCACAGCAUUUCCAAUUCCCUUCCAUACCGCCUGCUCCUUUCCCGGCCUCUGUUAAUGUGGGAGGGCAUCCACCCCAAUCCAGUCCCUACCCACCUCCAUCGAAGGCCCCUGUUCCUAUGCCCAGCGCUCCUCCUCCUACUCCGCCGGUUCAAGCUCCUGCUCCUGCUCCUGCUCCACCCCCGCCCCAGGCUGCGACACCGGCACCGGCACCUCCGCCGGCGCCCACAUCUGCCCCUGUCUCUGCUCCUAUCCCGUCGCCAGCACCAACACCUACUCCGGCUCCUAUGCCUACGUCUGCACCCACACCCGCACCUACACAGGCACCCGUGCCAGUACCAUCGGCACCGGCACCGGCACCGGCAGUAGCGCCAGCGCCAACACCAGUUCCACCUAUCAAUCCAGCUGCAUCCUUCCCCAUCCCCAGUCAACUCCGCAACAACCUCCCAGCUGCAUUCGCAGCAACCAUCCCUUCAACCUACACUUCACCCUACGCAUCCGCCCCCGCUCCGCAAGGCGGCCAGCAGCAACAGUUGCAGACCCCACGGCCUCCUCACGGGCCACCUCAGCACCAUUCCCCUUAUCCACAACAAAAGCCGCCAUCCUCCCAACCUCCCCACAACAAUCCGCAGCCUCGGACAUACCCUCCAUCUGGCGUCCCGGCUCAUUCUCACCAUCAACAACAGCAACACCCUGUUCAGCAGAACUCUGCACCAGGGCCACCAGAGUCAUCCUCGUUCAUUGACCGGGCGAACAAGGCAAUCGAUGACUUUGAAGCUGUUCUCAUGGAAGACUACGAGGACAAGAAUUACAUCCGGGAAGUUCUCCGGAGUGCGCGUGCACGCGUGUUGGGCGAUGCGCCAGAAAGCUCCUUCCCAGGUGGCGAGCCAAAAGACGAAGCCGUCAUCAUGGAUGUGCUACGCAAUUUGGUCGGAAGCCUGAAAGAUGAGUGA